AGUUGCUUUGUUACUCCUGGGUUAUUCUUUUACUCGGUAUCAUUACCAACCUGUGAGAAGCGCUUAUCUGCUUACGUCGGACUGAUGUCUUCCGACAAAAGACACGUCAACAAUCAGGAGACGCCUCCAGCGACGGAUGCGCUCAGCGUUUCUACCGUCGACGAUUUGGAAGAAAGCAUCUUGAUUGUCGCAGACCCACAUAAUCUCGGCGAAAAUCUUACUGAACCGCAUACACUUAUGAACUUCAUUAAGGGUAAUAUUGGCACUGGAGUACUGUCUAUGCCUGUGGUUCUUCGGUACUCGGGAUUAUGGACAGGCUUUUUCAUGAUCAUUUUUGCUGGCUCUGUGGCAAGCUAUCUCAUGAAAGUAUUGGUACGCACCUCUCGGUCUGUGCGAGAAAAAUAUAAUUUAGACCGUUCAAAAAUGGAUUAUACCGAAACCGUUUUUUAUGUGUUCAAAUAUGGACCUCCCUGUCUGCGAAAACCCAAAGGGAAGAUCAAGCAUACAGUAAAUGUCUUCCUGAUUGUCACACAAAUUGGAUUUUCCUGUGUCUACACUCUGUUUAUCACGGACAAUCUACGUUAUUUUCUGCACGCUUUCUUUCCUGACCUGUACCUCAAUUUCUAUGUCGUUGCACUCAUCGUGUGCGUUUGCCUCAUCCCCAUGAGCUUAUGGAGCAGCAUGCGCGUUCUCGCCCAUCUGUCCGCGGUGGCUAAUCUAGCCACCCUAAUUGGAGCAAUGCUCAUAUUUGCCUAUCUUCUGAGUUCGGGGCUGUUGCCUUUUUCUACCUUACCGGUGUAUACGAAUCCUCGUGGAAUUCUGAUUGGCUUCAGUAUUGUGAUGUUCUCUUUUGAAGGUAUCAGCCUGGUUCUCCCAAUUGAGAGUAAAAUGGCUCAUCCUGAAUUUUACCUGCACCCGUUCGGCGUACUCAGUGUUGGUAUGACCAUCAUUAUUUCUUUGAAUGCCGCGUUCGGCUUCUUUGGCUAUCUCAAAUUUGGUGAAAAGGCCGAGGGGACCAUCACACUGAACAUUCCCCAUUCCCCUUGGUGGUUUAGCCCGGUUCAACCACUGUUUGUUGUGGCUAUCUGCUUCACCUAUCUCUUGCAAUUCUACAUUCCUGCAUCAAUUUUCGCCCGCCUGAUGGAGAAGUUGCGUUGUCAUCGAGAGGCAUCCGAAAGAAGGCGGUAUAUCAACUUGAAAGUGAUGCGCGCACUUUUGGUGAUGUUUGCAUAUGUCAUGGUAAUCACCAUACCCAAGCUGGAUUUGAUGAUCUCACUGAUUGGCGCUUUUGCAAGUUCAAUACUGGCCUUCAUUUUGCCGCCAGUUCUGGAAAUCGUACAUCUGUGGGAAGACCGUCACCAUAUCAAAUGGUUCUGGCUCACGGUAGUUGUAAAGCACGCGUUUUUCCUUUGUAUUGGUUUGCUCAGUUUCGUUGGCGGCACAGUGGCGACCCUACUGCAACUAAUCGAAGCAUUUAACACACCUGACCAACCAAAAUCAUUGUGGUAAUUCUACCUGGCUGUCAUGCAUCUUGUACCUGUCUGUCUAUAAUUGUGUGAUGCCUUCCUCUGCUAACGAGUUUAUCCUACCCACGUCAUUUUCUCAUACUUGUGAUGGAUCAACAUUCCUUUGCCGCAGCAGAUUUUGUGAUUUGUCUUCAACUUGUAUUUUUUUGACAGAAUUUUGAGUUGAUACACAAUUUUUUUAAAAAUUUUAUUACUACUAAUCAUUUCCUGGCCACCUCGAUUUGUUCCUUUUUUCUAUCGAAUUUUCUACUUUAACAAACACAAUUCUAAAGAUUUGAAGCGUAUCCCCACGGCUCGUGGUAAAACGCUUACGGAUACAUGUCACAAUACAAUAAUCCUGGUA